UGAUGGCGAUGACGACGCACUUUGCGGGCGCGGUGUGAUUGGUUACACAUUAUACAACUAUGAGACAUUGGGUUUCAGGUAGGGUUUGGUGGGGACCGCUUUGAUUUACGUCGAUCGCUGAUGAGGACCGAUAUGUUAUCCGGCAGUGCGCGAACGCGCGAAGCUUCAGAUCCUUCACACUUAUUUGAAUAUUUUAUAUCCGCCAGUUAUUGGCGAAGCGUGUGUCGGACAAGUUCAAAAUCGUACGAUUAGGGCAACUAAGUAGCAACUUAAUGCAAAUCUCCGUGUGCCGGCUAAGGUCCGUCGCGAGGUGGGGGAUGCUGUGAAGAUUGGUGCUUGACCUAAACCGGCUGCCUCGCGCAGUCAGUGUGUCGUCGUCGUUAUAAUGCAGUAGUAUUACAUAGAAGGAGAGACUUCAGCGGGCAAACGAAAACAAACCUGCUUUCCUGGUGUGGAGUGGUGUGGUGACGCAGAGCAACGCAAGUCGCGGCAAAAUCUGCAGAGACGCAUAACUUCGCGAUCGUUCGGAAACCGCCAAACAGUCGGCGUUGGGGUCGUAAACGCAGUGGAUGUGAUAAAUAUCAUCGGGACUCGAUCAGGAAAGUGGUGUUUUGGUGAUGGGAGUUGCGGGCUAAUCCUACACCCGUGCAUUUUGUGAUUGCUGGUGAACCGGUUUCCAAGCAGAUGAUUGUAUUUUUGGCAGAGUACCAUGUGGCUUAUGUAAUGCAAUUCAGUGUGGAAAAUUCCGAAGAUUCAUAAGAAACGUACGAAGGGAUGUUUAAGAAGAUAGUGGAUUUUGAUUGCAACUGUGAAAAGUGUGUACGUGAAAAUGCGUGAUAACUUUAUGCUGCUGAUGGGCACGGCUUGUGCCCUUAUCUGUCUGCAAGCUGUACAGUCGGAUUUGAAUGAGGUGGACGAUGUAGACUACGAAGAGGAAGGAUUUUGGAUUGGCCAUGGACUUGGGAGCAGGAAAGAUGGUGACGAAAUCCUUAAGGUGAUGUACAAAUCAGUAGGUCCAUUCAGUGAGCCACAGAACGUGACAGUGGUGGAGAAGUUCACAGCAGGUGAAGGCGAAAGCAUUACUUUCACUCAGUUCAAUUCAUCGAAGGUGCUUACGUACUUCCGAGAAAUGGUUCUGGACUUCAACCCAAAGAAUUUCUAUAUCAAACUAAAUUUGUACAACAUCACGAAUCUAAGGCUACAAAGGACAGUAUACGGCUACCGAUCAAAUUCAGUGAAAAGGCGAAAUGCUCUUUAGCUCAUUGCGUAAACUUUCAUUAACAGUAGAGUGUCGAAUAGUUUAAUGAUAAGAAUUGUAAAUUAACCUUUAUCAAUAUGUUUAUAAUGUUAAAUAAUGUAGUAAGUUAAGCAAUCAUCCCAUGGAAGACCCGUUUUUGAAAAACGAAAACCGUACUAGACCUUUAAUACCAAAAAUGAUUUACAUUUUGAACUGUUACUAAAUAGGAUAAACGAUGUACGUACACCACAAAAAGUACUACAAUUUUAACAGUAUUUCAUGAUAUUUACAUAAACCCAUAGUGACAGCUCCACUGUACAAAUGAAUCACUAGUUGAUCUAGCAGAAAAAUAUACCUCACGUUGAGCAUCCCCACCCCAAACGGAUUACCGAAUCAGAGAAGAUAAUUGAUAUCCAGUAUGGAAAUUAUGCCGAAUAAACACUCGUAAAGACCAUCCAUAUUA